AUGAAACUUCGUUCAUACAUCACCUGGUUUGAUGAUAAUGACUACAUCGGUCUGGAACUUGCGUUCCCAGGCGGUUCUACCUGGAAAAUAGAGAGAAAGAUCAAAGAAGCCGAAAACUUGCACACUCAAGGAGAAUAUGAGAUUUGGAAAUGUACGUCACAGGCACGAGCUACGUUUGUAUGCAGCAAAGUUGCUGGAAAUGGUCCACCCACAGCCCUUAUUAAGAUUCAUAUGCAAAUUCCGUUCUUCAAAACGGCUACCGAGGAGCCUUCAGAACGCGCUAAGCAGGCAGACCCUGAAAUCCCCCACCUAGCUAGUAGCGAGGUCAAAGCUCUCACUAUUCUGACCGAGUCAAAAUGCUCUAGCUCACCAUAUUUGAUUGACUCGAUGCACCGACAGCAGACUGAUGGAUGGGUACCCGGGGGCUAUAUUCAUUAUAACGCGAUGGAAAUGCUCCCGGGUGUAACUGUGUGUGACCAUUAUGAUGGUAUGGAGCGUCAGGAGCGUGAUGAGUUGCGAAAAGCAUUCAAAAAGGCCUGGAUUUAUUUGAUCGAUUUCGAGAAUUUCCAUCCCCCGACUAGCAAGUCUAAAAUCUGGCGGGAUAUCCAAUAUAUAGGAUGGCAUCUCGCACAAGUCGGCGAUGACUAUGACUAUGAUGAUAUGACGAACUGGAUAUUAUAA